AUGCUUCUUGCGUCGCACAGGCCGCUGUGUCGGCAGCACGAAAGGCACACCCAGCGGCGGAUAUCACAAGGUUCUGCUGUCUUGCUGGUGCUCCUCACGCUGCCAUGCUCGCUGCUGUGGCAGAGGGCGAACCUGUUUUGUGCCAGUUCUGCUGUUGUAAGACAGCCCCGAGUUGGGUCCAGGAGCCAAGGGCCUGCUGUGUCCAGUCGAGAGCCUGGGGUAGCCCCUGACUUGUUGGACAACGUCGGCCUGGAGUUUGGGUCCUCCCCAAUGGGAAUGCUCCGACGCAGGUUCCUCGCAGACAGUGGCUUACCGAUCCUGCCCGAGCCAGGACGUCCGGCACCCUGGGUGCACAACGAUUCCGUCUAUGAGAUUGUGCCACACCAGGUGGAGCGCGACGUCCAGCAGCUUGAGUACCUUGUGUCAAAAAAUGUGCUCAGGCAGGAGCUUCAGCAGUAUGUCACGGACCUUGUGCUUCCUGAAUACCGCAGGAUGUUGGCCAUCGCCCAGACGGUGUCUGAAGGUCGUAGCGAUAUGUUCUUCAUGACACAUCCCCAGCAGGACUUGGCGGUGUUUUUCAGCUUGCAAAAGCGGGCCUUGCACUUGCACCCGGGUGACUCGGUCAGAGGUGAUGCAAUUAGCCCGCAACUAGAUCUGGAUGCGAUCCAGGAGGACUACUUGCAGAAGGAACACCAUGUGGCUGUUAUCGACAACUUCUUCACUCAGGAGGCCUUACACCUGUUGCGCGACUUCCUCUUGGAGUCCACGAUCUGGACGGAAGCUAAGUUUGGCCACGUCGGCGCUUACCUGGAAGCUGGUUUCGCUUGCCCGCUGGUGGCGCAAAUCGACAGGGAGCUACGCUCGAAGUUCUCGAAGGUGCUGGACGGCUUGGACCUUGAGUUUGCUUGGGCCUACAUGUACGAUGGCUCUCUGGGUGGCAUCGGCACGCAUGCGGACGACUCGCAGGUGCAGAUCAACUUCUUUAUCACGCCCACGGAGGCGAACCUGGGCGCAAACGAUACUGCCCAUCCGGGUGGUGGGCUCAUUCUCUACGGCAUUGGCCCGCCACCGGAGUGGGGCCUGGAUAAGUACAACAGCAUCUUCGUCACCAAAGAGAUUGAGGAGGUCUUAUCUUCUGUUGAUCAUUGGAAUGUGACGGUGCCCUAUGUGCAGAAUCGCGCGAUUCUCUUCGACUCGACCUACUUCCACCGGACUGAUUCCAUGAACUUCAAGAAGGGCUACAAGAACCGGCGCAUCAACGUGACCUUUCUGUACGGUAAACGGGCGAACUUGAACCCUUCUGCAAGUGUGGCGCCAAGCACGAAGUCCACGCUCUCUGAUGCUCGUGACUCCGUCGAAGAAUCGCAAGACAUCGUCGAGAACCGGGAGCGCUUCUACGAGUUAUUCAAGACGGGAGACAACUGGCUCAAUGAGGAAAGUUGGGAGAUGCUCAGAGAAAUGGGGCUUUGA